CUAACUGUUUAUGACACUCGUUUUAAUAUAAACAACUAUACUUAUUCACGUUUCUACCUAAAGACCACCAGUACAAACAUGUUCGCCCUCAACAUCCUUGCCGGCCUCCUCGCCGCUACCAUUGCCUCCUCCUCGCCUAUUGCCGAGGACGCUACCCUCGCAACCCGCCAGACCACCUGGACGUGCCCUAACUUCGGCAAGAGCUUUAGCGGCGGCCCGGUCGUUACACCAGCCACCGCCGACAACGGCCGCUGCUGCACGACGGGCUGGAGCUACGUUUGGGGUGAAGGGCGCGAGGCCUGCUGUCGCAACGAUCCAGCCCUGCUUGAGGACCCGACUUACAAGUACGCACUGCCCUGCAGCAGCGAGUUUUGGGCUACAGGCACUAAGGCUGCGCUGCUGCGGAGCUGCAACCUCGAAGACCCAAAAAACUACCGCUGCAGUGCCGACUGCGAUGGCGUCCCGUGGCUGUACCCUACCCCGAAGCCUUGCCCAGCCAAGAACUAAGGGUUCCGCCUCCACAUGGCUGCUACCCUCGGCUGUACCACGAAGCCAGGCCUCGUUCUGCUAAGAAUUCGGAUCUUAUGGUUACUCUCUGUGUUGGCUGUUUUUUAUUUAAUCUUCAAUUUGCCCAUAUUUGUUAUCUACAGAGAAUUAAUGGCUUGAUGAGAGAAUAUAUUGUGUUACCGUGCGAAUAUUCACUAUACCUUUUCGAC